AUGAGCGGCUUCAGCAGCUAGGAGCGCGCAGCGCCCUUCACCCUCCAGUACCGAGUCUUCCUCAAAAAUGAAAAAGGACAGUAUAUAUCUCCAUUUCAUGAUGUUCCAAUUUAUGCGGAUAAGGACGUGUUCCACAUGGUGGUGGAAGUACCACGCUGGUCUAAUGCAAAGACAGAGAUCGCUACAAAGGACCCUUUCAACCCAAUUAAACAAGAUGUGAAAAAAGGAAAGCCGCGUACGUGGCGAAAUCUGUUCCCAUAUAAAGGAUGCAUCUGGGACUACGGUGCCAUCCCUCAGACUUGGGAAGACCCAGGACACAAUGACAAACACACUGGCUGUUGUGGUGACAACGACCCAAUCGAUGUGUGUGAAAUUGGAAGCAAGGUAUGUGCAAGAGGUGAAAUCAUUUCGGUGAAAGUUCUGGGCAUACUGGCUAUGAUCGAUGAAGGAGAAACUGACUGGAAAGUCAUUGCCAUUAAUGUGGAUGACCCUGAUGCAGCCAAUUACAAUGAUAUUAAUGAUGUUAAGCGGCUGAAACCUGGGUACCUGGAAGCUACUGUGGACUGGUUCAGAAGGUACAAGGUUCCUGAUGGAAAACCAGAGAACCAGUUUGCUUUCAAUGCAGAAUUUAAAGAUAAGGAUUUUGCAAUUAAUAUUAUUAAGAGCACUCAUGACCACUGGAGAGCGUUAGUGACGAAGAAGACGGACGGAAAGGGCAUCAGUUGCAUGAAUACCACGGUGUUUGAGAGCCCCUUCAAGUGUGAUCCCGAUGCUGCCAAAGCUAUUGUGGACGCUUUACCACCACCAUGUGAAUCUGCCUGCACGGUACCAACAGAUGUGGAUAAGUGGUUCCAUCACCAGAAAAACUAAGGAAAAUUCUGUGGAAUACAAGCUGAUAUUGCUGCGUCCUAUUCACCUCGAGUAUUGGAUGCAAAAGUAGUACCUUCUCAAAGC